AUGCCGGAAACUAUUACUGAAUCAUCCACACCACCUACAUCAUCAAACAUGUCUGAUAACAUUGAAUCAGUCCACCAUCCCCUGUAUCUCCAUCCAAAUGAUCAUCCAGGACUCAUCUUGAUUGCCAAGAAACUUACUGGUAAUGAGAAUUAUAGUUCAUGGAAAAGAUCAAUGAUGAUAGCAUUAAGUGCUAAGAACAAACUCAAAAUCAUUACUGGUGAGCUUAAAGAACCUUCAACUGAUUCUCCUUUGAAAGCAGUUUGGGACAGAACGAAUGACAUGGUAAUCUCCUGGAUCCUCAACUCUGUAUCUGAAUCAACUGGUAACAACUUAAGAUUUGUUCAUACUGCUUCUGCUCUUUGGAAAGAAUUAGGAGAUCAUUAUGCUCAAUUAGAUGGCCAUAGAAUGUUUCAAAUAACUGCUGAUCUUACACAACUUAAACAAAAUAACAUGAGCAUAGAAGUCUAUUAUCAAAAUAUGAAAGGUUUCUGGGAUGAACUUGAUGCUCUUGAAGCACCUUAUGACUGCAUAUGUAAUUGUGCAUGUGAAAAUGGGAAAACCAAUGGUGAGAGGGAAUAG